ACGUUUUAGUCGUUUAUUAAACAAUCGUAUAAAUGCAUUAUGUAAUGUAACAUGUGAUGGUAUGACGCUACAAAAACAAGCUCAUUCUAUAGAAUAACUACUGUGUUCUUUCCAUGUCUGCGGUUACAGUACCCACUCUUAUAACAAAAGAUUCCAAAUUGAACCUUUAAGGGUUCUAUAACUUGGCACACAUGCUGUUGAAUAAAGUCGGACCUUGUCUGAGACAGCAGAACGGGAACCAGGUGUGUGAUGUGACCUACCGACCGCUUGUUACACCUCAGGUGAUCCACACAUAAUUGUACAUCUCCCUCUCUCUCACCCUCCAGACACAAACACACACACACACACACACACACACACACACACACACACACACACACACACACACACACACACACACACACACACACUCGUAGAGACUAACAGUAACAGCUAGCUGAAUGUGCUCGCCAAUAUGGAAGCCUAAAACAUUUCAACUGUUAGGGAGAACAAACGUUCUAUUACAAUCCAACACUUGGAAGUAGGCCUACUCUACACGCAUAGGCAUACUCACAAUAAUUUUAGAGGAAGUGCACUAACCAUAACACACCAUAGCAUUAGUGUCCUACCCAUAGGCUACCUAACCUACAUGGUUCCACCCCUUUUUUCUGAAGUUCUAGAAUUUCACUCAAACAUUCUACAGCUCUCCUAAAACCUAUUGUUAAAAUUCUGCAGCGUUUGUGAUAUCGAGUUGAGAGGGGUUUUUUUAUUUUAUUUUUUUACUUAGCUCUAAUCAAAUAUAAGCCUAUGUGGUGGCGCUCCUCAAAGGGUUAACACGCACAGUAUGAGCUCGCAUUGUCGCAUUUUACACAAAUGGCGGCUUAUUGAGUAUUAUAGAUCAUGCAGUUGCUUAAAUUAUUUCAAGGCACGCGCAUGUCAUUUGUAUCUUCUGGAAACAGUUCAUCGCACAAUGUGUGUGAGAGCUCCGUCCAAUAUGGCCGAAUGUUUUCGAUUCCAAACAUCUGUAAUCUCAUUAAGAAUGCCCUGUAAUGUUAGUUAUUUUCAAGAUUUUAAGGCUGCAGUGAUUUGGAUGUAUUUUUCAUACCGCAGCCAGCAGAGUGUUUGUUUUAGAGAAAGUAAUAACAAUGAUAUAAAUGUUAUUGUGGGGUAAUAACAAUAUUACAGGGCCAUAUAAAACAUCCACUCUUUGGCAUAUAAUGCAGUCCGCGUUAUAUGUGUGUUCACUGUUCAUAACAACCCUAAACCCCCUCUGCAUGUCGGUAUAAAGACAUGAGACCUGAAUAAGCCGAAUAAACUGUUGAAAUUAGAAUGCAAAUAAGUUGCACCUGCCUUUGUUAUUUGGCUGUUUGAUUGACCUUUUCAAAGUACACAUAAAUCCGUGUGUAUGGCCGAAAUCACUGUCCAUUCCUCGAACGCCUGUGGUAAUGUGAGGAAGCGCUCUAUUUGUAGUCUUUGAAGAUUAGAUCUGGUUACUUUGGUAUUAGGACUUGCCUAGCUGUUUAAGUAUACCAAGUGGAAAAGCUAUAAUGGUGAUUUCCCCAGGUUUCCUUCCCUUUUUCCCCUCCUUUUCUCAUCCUUUUGGAGAAAGGCUACCAUAGGGUUGUCUUGUGUAAAGUUUGACGUCGCCAUAAUCGUAAUGAGAGGCAAGGCAUGAGCGGUAGAUUGAAACAGUUGUGCAUAAAACCCAACAUACAAUACAAAAUACGCACACAGCUCUGCUAGCGCACGCGCAUGGAGAUGCCAAGAUACGCACACGCAUACACCCAUACGCACAAAAACAGUUCUACUACGACAUGUGAUCACAUAACAAACACAUCUACAAAAUCGUACUAAAGCCUGCACAAGUAACGAGAAUACCCCACUGGAACAGCAGAAGGCGUAGCGAUGAUCUGUGCGCUGGUGGAAUGGCGAGGUCAGUGUUAUUGACCUCCUCGGCGGCGCCAUUGAAAGCAAGCCUGCACCUUUAUAGUCGCUGAAACCCAAGGACGUGAACCGAAUAAACUUACAGUGUUGGGCCCUUUUGUAAGGAAACAGAAUACUACAGACACAUAGAUUCUUUGUCCCAGUGUGUUGGCGUUGGUGUAGGAAUUGUGUUCUGUCUCGAGAUUGUGAUGGUGCGAGCUAAUUGAAUUCUUUCUUUAAAAAACUGUAGCUCUGUUUAUUGGGAGCUACAAUGUCGUUAACCAAGUGCCAAUGGUUCUGGUAUUAGCAGUGGAUUUUACAGUGUAUAUCUUCCCUAUGACUUUAUGUUGUUUUACAUGUUUCGAGGAAUACUGUUAACUGAAUGCUGAAAUAUAUAAAGUGCAGUAAAUACUAUGGCACAUAAUUUGAUACGCUCGGCGCGUUUUGGCACAUUUCUCUAAAAUACUGGCUAUUGGGUAAUUUGUAAUACUCCAAACUUCUGUCGCCUGCUUUGACAAAAUCAUGUUAGUAGGCAUUUGUGGAGAUAUAGCCUAGAUCUAACAAUUCGAUGAAAUAAACUGCGGACGUGAAACGCUGUAAAAGUCACACUUGUAGGCUAUAUUUUAGUCAAAUAUUUACCAAUAUUUCCACAAUUACCAUAAACAAUAAAAUAUUAAUCAAAUCCAUUGAGAAAUGUUGCAAUAAGUCCAAAAUAUACCCCGUUAUAUAUAAUAAGGGCAGUUAUGAAAUCCAAGAUAUCCAACCAGUAUUAUUACAUUAUGUCAUAGCCUACUGCUUGAAAUCAUGCAACAUACAUCCUAUACAACGACCGCAACCGGAGUGUAGGCCUACUGUUUCAUAGCUUUUACAACACAGAAAAGACUAAAAUGACUUAAACAAGCACCGUAAGAUUUUUUUUUCCCAUCUUUUGUAUUUACUGUAGGCCUAUACACUUUGAGUUUUGUGGAGACUAUGUUAGGUAUUUUUUUGUGACAACAUUUUGAAGUAACCAUAGGCUAGUUUAAUUUCUAAAAAAACCAAAACAAAAACAUAGCCUUUUUGUUUCCAGAUAUUUUGAUAUCGUGAGAUAGCUAGUAAUAUUCCAUAAUAAAGGCGUCAAUCUAGGAUGAGAGACGUUGUCUUUCGAACAAUUGCGAAAACAUUGUAUUAAUUCCUGUUCCAGUGCAGGUAAUUUACCUCAUAGCAUUUCACCAGAGUAAAUAGGCCUAGAGACAUUUGAAUUAUUUCGACCAACAGAACACAUUUAGGAAGAUAUUGCGUCCAUAAUGUAUAACGUGUUUCCAAGGGGUGUGCAACAAACAUCCCUCUCUUUGGUCUUAACGAGCACAUACACGUUAAAUAAUUAAUAGGGCAAACGCACUAACAAAACCCUUUGCCAAUAAUAAGAGACGUUUCCCUUCAAUAACAUAGACAAAUACCCUUUCAUACAUAGGCCUACAAUAGCUAUAGGGCCUAGUGUAAUGUGUAAAAUAUUAUUAAAUGUAGCACCAUGCUAGUAUGUAGCCUACAGCCAAAGAUGGAGAAAAUAUUUUGUUUAGAGAUUACCCUUCCUCCAUGCGCUUGACUUGCUGAACAGUGAACGCCAUCCCUGGGUUUCUUUGUUCUCUGGCCUGCUUGCAGUUACUAGCUUUGGCCUGGAAGAUGGCACCCUUGCUCCGUAAAACAUCCUAGCCUCUCGACAACUUGACCCUAAUGACGUCACCUCCGUCUGGCGCAUCAAGGCCACUUUCAAGCUCCUAUUGGUCUGACACGUCACGUGUCACGGCCGUACCUUCAUAAUCAUAUCGCUGAUGUUUAUUUGACGUUCCCCUCCUUUUCCCCUCCCUCCCCCGUCUCUCAUUCUUCCCCUCCCUUCAUCCAACUCAAAUAUGUCACCCUCUAACAAUCAUAAUCCUCUUGGAAGCAUCUGUGGCGUUGUAUCAAAAUAAGAGCGUGCUGGGGUGAUAAAAUGGAAUGCCCGAACGGCAUGUCCGCUUCCAGCGCUUCCCUGCGUUUGAACAGCCCGGUGGAAGGACCCACCGCCGCCGCCGCCUGUGGAGCUGAUCGCUAUUUCGGCAGUUCCGGAAUGUUCGUGCAAAGCAGCACCGAAUAUGACUGCUCUUCCUUGGCAAGAAGUUAUGGAAUCGCGUCUCUGUCCAAGCGGAGCCACCACCACCUCUCGUCGCAUGGCGGUGCACUGGACGGGGACACAUACCCACCCCAGCAGCAACACUAUGUUUUGCCUAUGGACAAUUUGAGGGAUGAGCCGCCAAAAAGUUGCGUUGUAAUAUCCCAGUCGCCUGUUGCCAGAACUUCGUUCCUGAACCCGUUACCAGUGGCUGGGGAGAUCUCUGUAAAUUCCCACUUCCGACCAGACGCUAUGGGAUCAUGUAAACAGACCGAAGAGCCGUGCACGUAUACUCAGAUGACAGACAUCACUAGUGGCGACCCUGGCCGAAUACAAGACUCGGGAAAUGACAUGCCAAGUGCAGCAGCAACAGCAGCAGCAGCGGUACACCUCCAUUACGCGGCCGAAAUCUCUCUCCAAGGCAGCGGGUUAAAGUCACUGGGCUUCCCAUCAUCCAUGCGUCAUGUACCUGACCCUGAGACGCUGGCUGCUGUUGCCACCGCGGCUGCCACUGGCACACAGCCGUUCACCGACACCUGCAAAGUCAGCCUGAACUCCAGCCCACUGGCCUUUAAGAGCGACGAUAGUGGCGUGUCUAAUAGACUGUCAGAGAAGGAGAAUGUCCUCAAGACGGACUGUAACACAGAUAAUUCAGACAGCGAGGUGAAAGAUGAGUCUAAACCAGAGAUGGUCGCCAGCAACUGGCUUACGGCGAAGAGCGGCCGCAAGAAGAGGUGUCCUUACACCAAACACCAGACACUGGAGCUGGAGAAAGAAUUCCUGUUCAACAUGUAUCUGACUCGGGAGCGCCGCCUGGAGAUCAGCAAGAAUAUCGCACUCUCCGACCGCCAGGUUAAAAUAUGGUUCCAAAACAGACGCAUGAAGCUCAAGAAAUUCCACCGGGAGGGCAGGGCGCGAGAGCUGUCCUCGAGCUACGACUACACCUGAUCACCUGAACACAAUUAAACAUUUCUAUGUAUUGAUGAUAUCUAGCUCACUCUGUGUUAUAACACAAAACGGUUGAUAUGAAAUAAAUAUACCAUUGUUUACAA